GUAGGGUUCGGGUUUUGGAGCGGCUGCGGGACCCGGGUAUGAAGUCCGGACCAAAAGCUCAGCUCCAAGAUGCUUCCGUCUGAAUCUCAGCGUUCUCCCGCCCGGAACCAAAGGAGUGGUUUGACCUGGGCGAGACCGUCGUCAUCGACCGUGGGAGUGGAUGGAGGAGUCGGCCUGCAGGCUGCAGUGGUGGUUUCGCUUGCUGCGUGUGGCAGUGCGCCUGCACAGAGCUUGAAGCCCUCGGGGAGGGUGGGACCGAGCAAAAUUGGGUCUGGGGUCUGGGGCUUGGGUGCGAAAUUCCAAGGUGAAUUCUUAAAUCCCUUAAAAUGUCUGAUGACGUUUUUCUCACGACGUCCAGGAGAUGCAGCUCUCUCCCAUGGUUCCUUAUUGCCAUUACUGUCUACGCCACCAACGCCAUCUCCAUUAUCCCUAGUUCACCCUAACCUCUUUCCAUGAUUUCACAGUGCGUUUACACCAGUAAUCUGUGACCCCCUCGGGGAGGGUGGGACCGAGCAAAAUUGGGUCUGGGGUCUGGGGGUUGGGUGCGAAAUUCCAAGGUGAAUUCUUAAAUCCCUUAAAAUGUCUGAUGACGUUUUUCUCACGACGUCCAGGAGAUGCAGCUCUCUCCCAUGGUUCCAUAUUGCCAUUACUGUCUACGCCACCAACGCCAUCUCCAUUAUCCCUAGUUCACCCUAACCUCUUUCCAUGAUUUCACAGUGCGUUUACACCAGUAAUCUGUGACCCCCUCAGUAGUUAUCAGGAGGCCUAUGGCAACAGCCCAGUCCUACCUCAGCCCAUCCUGAAAAACGUCGCAGGCAACAUGGAACCACCACGAGGCCCUACUGCUAGUGGGACUGACCCAACUCGGGUAGUUGGCACUGUCAAGGUGUACCUGCCUAACAAGCAGCGCACAGUGGUGACUGUCCGGGAAGGCAUGAGUGUCUAUGACUCUUUGGACAAGGCCCUCAAGGUGAGGGGUCUCAAUCAGGACUGCUGCGUGGUCUACAGACUCAUCAAAGGAAGAAAGACGGUCACUGCCUGGGACACAGCCAUUGCGCCUCUGGAUGGUGAGGAACUCAUUGUGGAGGUCCUGGAAGAUGUGCCGCUGACCAUGCACAAUUUUGUACGGAAGACGUUCUUCAGCCUGGCCUUCUGUGACUUCUGCCUUAAGUUUCUGUUCCAUGGAUUUCGCUGCCAGACCUGUGGCUACAAGUUCCACCAGCAUUGUUCCUCCAAGGUCCCCACCGUCUGCGUUGACAUGAGUACCAACCGCCGCCAGUUCUAUCACAGCAUCCAGGACCUGUCUGGCGGCUCCAGGCAGCAGGAGGCCCCCUCCAAUGUCUCUGUGAAUCAGCUGCUACCCCCCCAGGGUCCCAGCCUUUUCUCUAUUAGCCCCUUUACCCAGCAACGUGACCAGGAGCACUUCUCCUUCCCCGCCCCCGCCAACCCCCCACUGCAGCGCAUCCGCUCCACAUCUACUCCUAACGUCCACAUGGUCAGCACCACAGCUCCCAUGGACUCGAGCCUCAUGCAGUUUACUGCUCAGAGCUUCAGCACCGAUGCUGCUGGUAGAGGUGGUGAUGGAGCCCCUCGGGGUAGCCCUAGCCCAGCUAGUGUGACUUCAGGGAGGAAGUCCCCACAUUCCAAGUUACCUGCAGAACAGCGGGAGCGGAAGUCCUUGGCAGAUGAAAAGAAAAAAGUGAAGAACCUGGGGUACCGGGACUCAGGCUAUUACUGGGAGGUGCCACCCAGUGAGGUACAGCUGUUGAAGAGGAUCGGGACAGGCUCUUUUGGCACUGUGUUUCGGGGGCGUUGGCACGGCGAUGUAGCUGUAAAAGUGCUCAAGGUGGCCCAACCUACCGCUGAGCAGGCCCAGGCCUUCAAGAAUGAGAUGCAGGUGCUCAGGAAGACACGCCAUGUCAACAUUUUGCUGUUCAUGGGUUUCAUGACUCGGCCGGGGUUUGCCAUCAUCACACAGUGGUGUGAGGGUUCCAGCCUGUACCACCACCUACAUGUGGCUGACACGCGCUUUGACAUGGUCCAGCUCAUUGACGUGGCCCGGCAGACUGCCCAGGGCAUGGACUACCUCCACGCCAAGAACAUCAUUCACCGAGACCUAAAGUCCAACAAUAUCUUCCUACAUGAGGGGCUCACAGUCAAGAUUGGUGACUUCGGCCUGGCCACGGUGAAGACACGGUGGAGUGGGGCCCAGCCCUUAGAGCAGCCCUCAGGGUCUGUGCUAUGGAUGGCAGCUGAGGUGAUCCGGAUGCAGGACCCGAACCCCUACAGCUUCCAGUCGGAUGUCUAUGCCUAUGGCGUUGUGCUCUAUGAGCUUAUGACCGGCUCACUGCCCUACAGCCACAUUGGCAGCCGUGAUCAGAUCAUCUUUAUGGUGGGCCGCGGCUAUCUGUCUCCGGACCUCAGCAAAAUCUUCAGUAAUUGCCCCAAAGCCAUGAGGCGCCUGCUGACUGACUGCCUCAAGUUCCAGCGGGAGGAGCGGCCCCUGUUUCCCCAGAUUCUGGCCACGAUCGAGCUGCUGCAGCGGUCACUCCCCAAGAUUGAGCGGAGCGCCUCGGAACCAUCCUUGCACCGCACCCAGGCUGAUGAGUUGCCUGCCUGCCUUCUCAGCGCGGCCCGCCUUGUGCCUUAGACCACUCCUAGUCCACCAGGGAGUCGAUUUCCGCCUACCAUGCCAAGGCACCCCAUACCUACCAGCCAGUCAUUGUUCCGCCUGUCUUGAUACUGCCUCAGGAUUCCCUGUCCCACACCCUGGGAAAUUUGGGGGACCCCAAAAACUGAGGUCCCCCGCUUCCUCCGUAAUAUGGCCUCCUCUUGACUUUGGGGAUAGUUCUAGUUUGGAGAGCUGUUUUACCUCCAAUGGCUGUGAUUCAGUGUAAGGAUUCCACUCAGAACCUCUUUUUAAAGUUUUUGCCUGAUGUGUCUUCACUGGAUUUGGGGGUUCCCAGCACCCCAUGUAGAUUUGGGGGUUUCCCUUUGUCUCCCCCACUAUUCAAGGACUCUACUCUUUACCAAGAAGCACAAAAUUCUGCUGGGC